ACUUCGACUUCCCGAGAUAUCACGGGACCAAAUGGUAUAAAAAUGAAGCGAUUUGUUGCUGGUGAGAGCAUCAAGAAUACAGAGCAUUGAGGAAACGGCUAGCUAUAACAGAAAAGCAAAGGUAUCUAAGACCAAGGCAUAAAGAAUGAUGAAGUUUAUAGUCGCCUUAUUCCUUCUCGUUCAAGUCAUUCUUACUGUGAUCGAUCAAGGAGAAGCUAAACGCGUUGUGAAAUCAAAAAGUCGAAAGCCAUUUCUACCAAGUUGCCCUUCAACACCUUCAAAAUAUCUGAAAAUCGCUAAAAUAAGUCUGCUUGAAGGACAAAGAAGAAAGAGAUCGGCAUCCGACUUUCCUGUUAACUGUGUACAUCUGGCUUUCAUUGUGGUAAAUGGAAAUUUGGUUUUCCACACGGGUAUUAAAGAAUGCUGCAACGAAUGUAAAUUUCCAAAGUUUGUGCAGUCUCGCCAUAGCCAUGCAAACAACCCCCACGAACUUUACAUUUGCCGAAGUGAAGCAUUUUCUUGUAGCUGCAAAUGUCUCCAACCAAGUGCAGCGAGAAGGCAAGCGAGAAGAAAAUGCACAUCGAAAGUAUGCACGCUGCGCAAUUGUUGUAUGCAACAAAAUGUAUCAAGUUGAAAACGAAACCUCCAGUGAUACAUUUUGCUCAAAACAAUUUUAGAAGACCAAUGAACACUACACUUUUACAAACCAAAUUUCAGACUCUGGCCAAAGCUGGAAAAUAAAGAACAACCAAUAGUUGAAAGUUAUUAAAUAAAAGUAUGACCAAAAGCGGCAAUAUCUUUCUUUUUUCAUUGCUGAUUGUUUUAUUGUGCUAUGAUUCGUUUGGAAGGCGUAUACCUUUCUG